AUGGAUAACAACGAAAGUGCUCAAGAUACAUUCAUGUCUAUAGUGACCUCAGAUACAAGGUCCAAGAUCAUUAACGACGAAUUAACGGAUAUAUUUUUUCUGGUAAAUUUCGGUAUAAUCUGCGGCGUCAUUUCAUUUUUCGGCAUUAUCGCUAACAUUAUCAACGUCAUUAUUUUCUACCGUCAAGGCUUUAAGGAUACUGUAAAUAUAAGUUUUUUCACUCUGGCUGUUUCGGACUUGUUGUCUUUAAUCGGAUUGUUAUGGCUGUCGCUUUGUUUUUUCGCACCGUUCAGGUUUGCUGAUUUGCCUUUUAUGCCCACGGAUGUCCAAUACUUAACCGGGGGCUGGCCGCAUGUUAUUUUCGCUAGAAUAACUGGAUGGGUGACUGCGUUUGUUACAGUUGAGCGAUGUCUGUGCAUCGCCAUGCCGUUAAAAGUAAAGAACAUCAUCACCCGUUCUCGCGUUGGGAUUGUGAUCUGUGUUAUUGUGUUCUUCGUCGUAGGCAGCGCUGCGCCUGCGUAUUACACCAGCCGGUUUGAUUUGGUCUACUUCCCGAAACUCAACAAAACCCUCGUGGGUUUAGUUUUCACAUCAGACCGCGGUCAAGUUGAAGAAGUCUCCUUCGCAAUUAACAGCGUGUUCUGUCCUUUAGGCUCAUUUACCGCAGUUGUGAUUAGUACUGUUGUUCUUGUCGUAAAAUUAAACGAAAAAACAAAAUGGCGUCAAAAUUCGGUCGCGGAUAAUACUAAAAACGCCAGUAUAGCCAUCAAGGAGCAGAAAGUUAUAAAAAUGGUGGUUGGGAUUUCAACAAUUUUUAUCGUCAGCUUCACGCCUGCUGCCAUUUGUUUCUCUGCCAUGGCGCUGGAACCAGAAUUCCGGGUGACGGGAUUUUUACGCCAACAUCAACAACGUCGUCAUGUCCGUCUCGUUUAUGCUGGAGGGCAUCAACGCAAGCCUCAACAUCUUCGUCUACUACAAGAUGAGCACUAA